CUUGUACCAUCUCAGCAUUCGCGCCCAAAAUAACGAUUUUCCCAGAACCUGGUCGUCAUAUCAUGAGCGGACGGCCAUUGCCUUCUUCCGGUUCUGACGUAUAUAUGAGAUGAUGGCAGGGAAUCAUUUCAAGAUUGAUCUUGAAAAUGCCUUCCUCGUCUCUCGUGUGGUUCAUCACAGGUACAUCAUCUGGCCUUGGCAAACGCUUCGUCCUCUCAGCUCUCGCUCGCGGGGACAGGGUUAUCGCUACAGCGCGUGCUCUCUCCAAACUUGAUGGGCUCUUUCCAUCCACAAACCGCUUACGAACCCUGGAACUCGACGUGACGAGUAGCUAUCAAGCGAUCAAGUCUGUUGUCGACCAGGCCGUCGCCAUAUGGGGCCGUAUCGACGUCUGUGUCAACAAUGCAGGGAUCGGCGUCAAGUCCAUCUUCGAAGAGGGAGGGUCUGACAUCUUCAGGCAGCAAUUCGAGACCAACGUAUUUGGUGUCAUCGACGUGACGACUGCAGUGCUUCCUGCGAUGCGGACCCAAAGGUCGGGAACAAUUGUGCAAAUCGGUAGCCGGUCCUCGUGGGUACCGGAAAGAGUUCCGGUAUCUCCAUAUUCCGCCUCCAAAGCGGCGGUCCGCGUCUUCAGCGAGACGUUAGCUACCGAAGUCGCGCCUCUAGGUAUUCGUGUGCUCAUCGUCGAGCCCGCCGCGCUCGUCACGGAGCACAUACUCUCUCAGCCUUUGUAUAUCGACAACCUCAUAUCGGAUUACGACCACACGCGUCACCAUGCUAUAGGGUUCUUCGAGGGGGGCUGGUGCACCGGUGACGCCGAUUUGGCAGUGGAUGUCGUCGUAGACGUUGUAAGGGGGGACGGUAAGGCGAAGGGCAGGGAAUGGCCGACAUAUCUCGUCUUGGGACCUGGCGGCGACGUGGCGAUAAGGAGCAAGUGCGAGAAAAUGGUGAAAGUUUUGGAUGAGUGGAAGGACGUUACUGGGGUGCUGAGUUAAUUGUAAGAAAGAACCAUACUGUGAAGAAGGAUCCUCAGCAUCUACCGAAUGAAGGACUUGGAUUGUUCGUGUCCUGUAAUAUGUGUUGUGUAGAUCCAGUAACCGUGUUGUAAAAUCCGGCGAGAACAGCAUACAAGAUUUUUCUUAU